AUGACACCAGCGCCAACGACAUCACCAACGCCAACGACAUCACCAGCGCCAACGACAUCACCAGCGCCAACGACAUCACCAGCGCCAACGACAUCACCAGCGCCAACGACAUCAUCAGCGUUCCCGGCACCGCAGCCAACGAUGAAAACUUUGCACGAGACGCAGGCAACGAGGCCUAGCAGAGCCGCGACGCGAGAGACACCAACGACUUCGGAUAUCGCCGAAAAUCGUCGCGACGCUUCCGCUACCCCGACGAUUCGCCUAGCCGGGGACUACUGUAACGACAUCACUCACGCCACCUAG